GGUCCCUUCGAUGUUUACUGUGACCAAAAUACAGCCGGUGGGGGGUGGACAGUGUUCCAAAAGAGACUGGACGGCUCGGUUGAUUUCUACCUCGGUUGGGACGACUACAAACGAGGCUUUGGAAAUCUGAAUGGCAAGUUUUGGCUUGGACUGGACAAGAUUCACCGCCUGACAAAAGAACGAAGCAGGCUUCAUGUGGAUCUUGAAGACACAACUGGAAAAACAGCUUACACUGAAUACGACUUUUUUGGUGUUUCAAGUGAGAGAAGCAAAUACAAGGUGAGUCUUGGAACAUACUCCGGUAAGUCUUGUAAGCAGUUGCAAAAAGAAAUAAUCGAGAUGUAAGUUUUUAUGAAUUGUUUUGUGACGGAAAGUUUUUCCUUUUGGAACGAAUUAAAGGUUUUGCGGGAAACGGUGCCUAACUCUCGAUGAAACUGACAGAAACUAGACUCAAAUGGCAACUCGCUUGCGGGGAAGAGCCGUCACUUCACUCUUCGGGAUCAAACCCGCACUAACUGGUACAGGUAGUAGAUAAAACAAAACUGAACUUUGGUUCCAACAAUGUUUAUUCUUCUCGGUACAUCAACUACACUGUAGCAAUCAACUCUGGUUAUACUUGGCGAAGUAAUCAGUAAUCCAUCCGUGACGUAAUCGAAAAAUAGUAAAAACUAGCCUGGUUGCUUAUGUAUGACGUCUACAACAACCAUUUAAGACAAAAUUAGCACAACAGAAAUGUUAACAGAAAUUUCUUACAGGUAAAUGAAUACUAAAAGCAAAAUCUAUUUUUCACCUGAAGUCUUUUGCUACUGUUACUAUUUUGAGAAGUAAAACUACUAAAACCAGGUCAGCAAAACAGCGAUUAUGUACGAAGUAUUAGAGUAUAAACUGUGAAUCGCACCAAUGACAUUACGAGUCUUCAUAGCCAGCAACAUCGUCACAACUUAAGGUGAUUCCUUAGUAAAAGAACCUAACAUAGAUUGUAGAUGAAACUUGGUACACUGAUGUAACAAGUCAUGAAGAUGAUAAAAAAGUAAUAAAAAGUGGGGGUCACCGUGCUCGUUUUGACGUCACAAUGCUGAUAAAUACGGCUAUUUUUGGACCCUUUGACAAAAACCGCGCGCAGCCCAAAACUAGACAAAAAGGAGAGAUUUUUUCGAUGAUGCAUGUGGUAUCGCACAGAAUUUGACUUUAUUGUAUUGUUUAUCCACUUACAUACCAGAAAAAUGUCUUUUAAUGCUCCUGUUUUUACUUUACGCCCCAAAGUAGAAUUGAGUUGGACAAUUUAGUAAAAUUGCCAAGAAACUGAACAUAGAUUUGUGCCAAUUUUUUUCUCAACGAAAGGAAGCACUGUCCUUAUUUAAAUCAUGAAAUAAAAAACGGGGGCCACCGUACUCGUUUUUGCGGUAGAGCUGCAGAAAGUGCACAUCAAAUGCCUUUUCUCCGAUUUUUGAGAGAGGACUGGGGCGAGUUUCAAAAUAGAAUGUAUGUGCAGCAACACGCGUACUGCUUACGUUAUGCACAUUCCCAACACAUUGAGUGUCACCUCGGCAAGAAACAACCGCAAGUAAAAAUUCCAAUAGCAUUUCUCUUCAGUCAACUUCAUUUUAAUAAUGUUACUUCACAUGCUGUUUUUUACGUCGGCCAUCUUGUUAUGCGCAGUAAGAGAUGCGCAGUGCAAAACCAGGGAAUCACCUUAAUUAACAGACGACCAAUAACAAUACACAGCAAUUAUGGAGUCACUCUUGGUGUUAAAGCUAUAGGCCUCAGUUCUUUGAUGGGUAGCUUUUCAUAAAUGAGGCAGUCAAAUUUUCCGUGGCACUUCUUGAGAACGCGAAAUUGGCCCUCAUUAAGAAGAUUUUUGUCUCCGUGAGCUUCUUUUAUUCUUCUGAAUACUUGUGUUCGGCAAUGCAUUAAUGAAGGUGUCAGGCUGUGUAGCCAACAUAGUCUGCAUCACACAGAUCACAUGCAAAUUUGUAAACAACGCAAUGCUGACUUACAAUACUUGGCUUAAUUCCUUUUUGGCUUAAGAUCUUGCUCCAAUUUUUUGCUCGCAAAAAUAGGCUGUAAAGUGACGGCAAUCUUAUUGUUGAGACCACGUAAUUGCAUACGGACUGCGUUAGCGGCUAUCCGGAUCUUUGAAGGAAAGAACUACUCUGAUCGUGUUGACAUCAUCGGUUUUCCUUUGUGACUUAUAUUUUGAAUAAACAUAUUAAUGGUGGAAUUUAUGAGGGCAAUUGGAUAAUCAAGUCGGUAGAAGAUAGAUCGUAACUUGGCACAUUCCUCAUUGAAGGCUUCUGUCGUAGAUGACAGAAUUCCCAAGUAUGCUUAGAUGAAUGUCUAAAUCUGUGAUUUAAUCAUUUAACUAGGAUCAGCCUGUAGGAUGAAGCGAAUUUCGAGUUUACCACAUGUUAUAUUUUGUCAUCGAAAAUGAGUAAUGCACUAAGUUUUUGUUAUCGCGUCAUUUUUGAAUCAUUUCAGUUCGACGAGUCUCGCUAUUUCCUUGAAAAUAUGUUCUAGUGAAAGAAAAAGAUUUGUUAUGCGUGUUAAUGGCAAGUGGCCAAUCUACUCCGUGCGGCUAUUUAGCGAACGCGAGGAAAGUUGAUGUUACAUUAGCAACUUAGACCAUUCUGAGACCCCGAGCUCGAACUUUUUCUGCCAAAUAAAAGACUUUCGGCGGGAACAAUUUGCAUCACGUUUCUUAUCUCUAGAACUAUCAAUCGACAAGAAAUGAAAGAAAUCGAUUUUUUAACUCUUGCCACGAAAUCAGGAUUUUAUUGCUCUAUUUCAGUUUUCUGGUCGUCGCUCUUAAAUAAAAUCAACUGCAUGCAUGAAACUAAAAACACCGGGGACGCUUCUGGUUAUGUCACUUUGAGGGUCUUGUAAGAAGAUGCAAAAUGUUAAUUUCUUUAACUGUUUUGUCACAAUCCUUUGUGUCUGUGUCAACUACAAUACAAAAAGCUUCGCGUGCAAGGUAUUCAGUCUUAGACCACGAACGUUUAUUCAUAUCUCCGUUGGUAGUGUCCUCGUCAAUGAAUUUUUUUUCACAUUUUGAGCCAGGACGGACUGAUAACUGAAUGAUCUUAAUAUCUAUACUUUGAAGAUUUUGAAUGAUUUUUUUUCCAAAUAUUGUCUUUCGUCUAUUUGCAAACUAAUAUUUUGACUGUUUGAUGAUUCGAGAUGAUCAGUUCAAUUUGUAUCUGCAUAAUUAUCAAACACAUAGUCACUCAGCAGCAUUAUCUUCUCGACGUUCACUGAGUCUGAAACUAAAUAGAACCGUUGCUUCGAUGCUACCAUCACACAACCUGCCACCAGGCGUAGUUAGCAUCCCGCUCGUGACAGAAUCAAAUUGUAGGACAUGAGUGAACUGAUGGUAAUUUGACGAUUGUCUUUUCUGACGUUAAGAGUUCCGUGCUUGUAUUGUGCAAAUAAGCUCCGGGCGCUCAAACUUGAAAACUCGACUUGUCUGUUACUUGGCAGUCCAAUUUCACAAUAAACUUUAGUUACGCUGACUCAUUCUCCUUUAAUACAGUCGUGGUGAUACCAGUUGAACUUAAUGACAUUUGGUUCGCGUCGAUUUAGGAAUGAUCGUGUGUAAGCUUCGACGUAGUGUCUUGACUCUAGUUUGCGCAUUUCUGGUGAUAGCUACGCUUAACGCCAGAAAUGCAAGUGGCACUACAGCGCCUAACGACUCUGCAGUUCAAGCAGCUUCCAAAUGUCAUAACAUGUACACUUACAACAGUUUUUACGCCGGAGCGAACAAGAAGAUAGAAGCCCUGCUUCGCGAAGUUAAAAGUGAGCUGAGCGAGAUUCGAGAAGAGAUCAAAUCCAUGAAAGAAAACAAAACGAGUGACAAAGGUAUAUUCCAAUUUCAUAUUCAUUUUCAAUUAUCUUGACAAGGGAAGCAAAGCUUAUAGCAUUUCGUCUUCGAUUCAUCCUCCUAGGGUACAUAAUUUUAUUUUCGAAAAGACAGAUCAAUAAGUUAAAAGAAUUUUUAAUUUCCGCUGUCCCUUUUUCAGGGGCACCCAACGACGGUUUACUCCUAAAUGCAUUGGAGAGUCUAUUUAGGCUAUCCAGAUUAUUUUAGAUCUCUACAAAUGAAUUCUAAGCCGGUGGCGCUAUAAAAUUUGUAUCUGUUCGGUCAUCCUAGGGGAACUUGAGGCUUUUCGAAAUUACAUGGGCUUCAGUGUUAAUUUCCCGAAGUGCAAGUGAACGUAAAACGAAAGUAAAAAUAUUUCUUUUUUCUCAUCUCCCCAUCACAUUUUUGAAUCCCAAAAAAAAUUAGCCCAACGUAAGAAGUAACAUAUGAAAACUUCAGAAAAUCGUAGGGAAUUUUUAGAUAAACUUCGAAAAUUGUACAUGUACCUGAGUGGAAAGCUCAUCUAGACAUUUUUAGCCAUAUUCAAGCAAUAGAAAAUUCUAGGAAAUAUUUACUGCUUCUCCGAACAGAUAGUUUACAGAAAUUUAGGCGUUGGGUGCCCCUGCCUUUUUUUUACUUACCAAUAGUAAGAGCGAGAAUAUCAACGAAAUUGUUGUCCUGAAAUUUUAGUGUUUAAGAACUGCGCAGAACUCUACAAAGCUGGUAAACGAAUAAGUGGCGUUUACAAGAUCAACCCUGAUAAUGACGGUGCCUUCGAUGUUUAUUGUGACCAAAAAACAGCCGGUGGUGGGUGGACAGUGUUCCAAAAAAGACUGGACGGCUCAGUUGAUUUCUACCUCGGGUGGGACGACUACAAACGAGGAUUUGGAAAUCUGAAUGGUGAGUUUUGGCUCGGACUGGACAAGAUUCAUCGCCUGACAAAAGAACGCAGCAGACUUCGAGUAGAUCUGGAAGACACGACCGGAAACACAGCUUAUGCUGAAUACAGUGUUUUUGGUGUUGCGAGUGAAAGGAGCAAUUACAAGCUGAGUCUUGGAACAUACUCGGGUAAGUAUGGUCGCCGCGGCGGCGCGGUGGCCACUUGCAGAAUGAGAUGUAACUCUGCAUGACUGGUUUUAAAGUCGUUCUUGGAGAUCAGAGUAUUAUUGAAGCUGAUUCGCGAAAUUUAUCAAAACUCAAUCAUAUAUUGGGACCUUGCACCAAAUUGAGGAAAAUAUUUAAAAAGUGGAUCAAAACAUUAUUAAAAGAAGGUAUAAAUUACGUAACAAACACAAAAGAAGGCACGGAUGGACAAACUUGAGGGAAUGGAUUGCACUGAAUUGCCGUUUUUGAAAACUUGUUAGCCUAACAGUUUGAUUUUCACAGGUUUAUUCUUUUCGUUUUUAUGUAAGAAAUUGUUAUAAUGCUUUGGGUUAUUUAUUUGACGCGAAGCUGUGUUUUUUUUUUUUUUUAAUUCAUUUACAGGUGCAUUUUUCGUAAACGUUAAGUUUCUUAUAGCGAAACGAAGAGAAGCGUGAGACAACAUUAACUCAAUGAUCUAGACAGUCUGACAAAGCCAAGCCCGGCCUUUAAGAUCAUUUUCUCUUUUCUUGAAGGAACUGCUGGUGACUCACUUUCAUAUCAUCGUGGAAUGGCGUUUUCUACCAAAGAUCGAGACAACGACUUGAAUAGCGGCGACUGUGCAAAGCGUUGCAAGGGAGGAUGGUGGUUUAAUUCAUGUCUUUAUUCCAACCUGAAUGGCCUCUAUCAUCACGGAAAACACUCUACGUCAUGGGAGGGUGUCAACUGGAAUACGUGGAAAGGCAGCACCUACUCCGCAAAACGAGCUGAAAUGAAAAUCAAACCAGUUAAAGCCUAGAGCUACCUUCUCUUUUUUUCUGCUGUAACUUAAUCGAUAUUAAGGUCGUGCAAUAUUCAGUAGAUGAGUGACGGUUUAACCAUUCUGAUCAUAUCAUUGAGUGGAAAACCAGUAUAGACAAUUAAAAAUUUUGGCUUUUAAACUCUCUGAGUACAGUGUUCUCCUGUUACACUAGUCAAAUGUUUGCCCCGGAUUCGAGUCAGGGACUGACGACUCAGGUUGGACCAGUGAACUGCCGGUGCUUAGGUGGGGGCGGAGCGGGCGGGGGGGUUAGGGUAGAGGGCGCGACUUAUUUCUUUCAGCCUUAAGCCCACCCCACUGGUCACAACUCUGAAAAUGGAUCACAGCAGACUAUUCGUGGUCUUUUUGGUUGGAUGAAGAGAAGUGUGGUACGCAUUGUCCAAAAAGCCUGUUUUCGUACUUCGCGUAAUCCAGCACACUCUAAAUCAGUACCAUACAACAAACCAAGCACGCUGUUUCGAACGUAAAGCAAAAGUAGAUUGACACGGGUGGAUUUAUGUGCAUGUUCGUUUUCGUUUCCUCUGCGGCUCUGGCUGUGCCAGGCUCUCAGUCACGAUCUGUGUACAUAUAAACUAUCUUUGACUGCAUGAAACAGGCCACUCAUUAAGUUCCAGAUAUGUAUACUUUAGCCACGCCUUACGACCUUUUCUUUCGUAACGUAUUUAUCCCAUCAUUAUUCUUUAAUGGCAUUGGCAUGCACUCAUUGAUUAACAAUGCCGUAACAAAAAGCAAAAAUGGAAAACAAUGUCCCAACAGCCGAAUCUACGUCCUGUCAAAAAUGGACAAGCAUGACAAGUUGAACGUAAAAAAAGAAGUAAUACGUGACAAGUUUUACUAAUCCUCUUUAUCUUAGUGUUUAAAGCAUUAAAAGCGGUUAAGUUAUAAAAUAAGAAACAGGACGAGAAGUGUGCCAUUUGACAGGUUAAAGGUCAAGUCAUUCAACAGCAACUCCACUUAAUCGAUAAUCUCAGCAGUUUACAUAUUUUUCUUCCAGGCUAGUAUUUCCCCGUAGCUCCGGGAAGAGAUUUUAUGGGCGAUUUGAUGAUAACAGUCUUCCCUGCGGGAGAGAGUGAUCUGUUCUUCUUCUUAAACGAAAUAGGCCUUUUGUAACACAGAUAGGGUCACAGGGUACAACUGAUAGUCACGCUGGCGUGAAAACAAUGUAGUGAACCAAGAAAGAGGAUUGCCCCAUGUAUCGUCUAAAAUGAUAAUUUCUUUUCAAGGACCAUUGCGUUGUUUGCUCACAAUGCUAAAUCUGUAGCAUUUCAGUUGACGGUUUGUUGAAAUUAACAACACAGCAUAGAUAUAGGUGUAACUGAAUACAUAACAUAGAGAAUAGAGACAGGAAUGAUAAACAUUUAAAACUACAUUCUUUACCCAUAGCAAAACCUAAAGGGCGUGCAAUAAGGCAUUUUUCACGAGGACGUCAUUUUACUACAAGUGAUCAAAAUACUUCCGGGUUUUCCUUUCGAGGGCAGACUAAAUUUAUAAUUACGACCACAGCUGAUUACAAAAAAGAGAGAAAAAGACGAAAUCAGUUCCCUGGUUGAAGUCGUAGAAUAAAACUAUUGUGAGAACGUCCUGUUAAUGCUAAUGAUUUCCUUUUAAAAUCGAUCGAAAAACUUGAACUGCCACCCAUUUUUCAUGUGCACUUUAAUUCUAACUUCCAUCCUUAAGCUGAAAAAUGGGUGGGAAUUAAGUGAAAGUAUAUUUUGUGUUUCAACAUUAAAGAUCGUUUAAUAUAUUUCCGUUUGCGUAUAUCGUGUAAAUCGCGUGUAUUGCAGCAUGCUCCUUUACUCCGGAGUAUUAAACAGAGAGAGACUCGGAAGACUGUUCAGUGUUUUGCAAAAGUGAUUUAUUUCUCGUUAGUGAAAAGCAGAGAUUUAAACGAGAACGAGUAGGCUAAUCAUGGUUUACCGUCGUUCACUUUGGAGUCUUUGCAGUCUUCUGACAGUGAUAGCUUUACUAAGUUUUGCCAAAUCAAGCAUAAUAGCAAACAACACCGCAGUGCGUAGCCCCGACGAGGGUUCUAAAUGUCAUGUAUACAACACUUACAACUACUACAACAGCCACUUAAACACGGGGUCGAACAAGAAGAUGGAAGCACUACUUCAUCGAGUACUGAAUGAGUUAAGCGAGAUAAGAGAGGAGAUUACGUUAUUAAAAGCAAACAAAACGACUGGUAAGUACGUAUACAAAGAGUGCGCACCCUUACCGUGCACGUAGAAGAUAGGAGUUCUUUCAUUUGUCUUUGUUUUGCUGUGUUUUGUUUGUUACUUAUUUAUUUUUUGAAUGAUUAAAUUCUAGCUAUAACCUUGCCCCUCGUGGCAAUCAUCGAUGAUGAUGGGCAAAUAACUCUACCCGCACUUUCUUGAUAGAGAGAAGUUAACAAACAGCGGACGGAACAGUAGUAAUCAUCAUCAUCAUCAUCAUCAUCAUUAACAUUAUCAUCAUUAUCAUUUUUAUUAUUACUAUUAUUCCUAUUGUAGUUAUAGUAAAUGCUCUUCAGCUACUGUGCGCUCCUCUGCAUAAUGUACAGGCGCUGAAAAAUUAAAACAACUUAUUUCUUUGAGAUUGCACCGUUAAAACAUUUAAAACGCUAAAGGGAUAAAAGUUGAAAAGCAGCUAAAAACUUUCGAUCCAUAGAAAUCCACAAUCGGGUCUAAAUUAAAAAUCAUACCUGAGUCACACUCGUGAAAGACGGUAAAAAAGGGAUAAAAGGCAAAAAUCAGGUUUUCUCUAAAACGACUGCUACCUUCGAAUGCAGCAGUUUGUAACUUCUUAUAAAAAGACCCCUGAUGUUUUCCUCUCUGUGAUGUCAAACGAUACAAAAGUACUUCAGUUGUUUAUUUCUUUAUCCUUAGCAAUUUACAAGAACUGUGGUGAACUCUACAAAGUUGGCAAGCGAAACAAUGGUGUCUAUUCCAUUGACCCCGACAACACUGGUGCCUUCGAUGUUUAUUGUGACCAAAAAUCGGCCGGUGGGGGGUGGACAGUGUUCCAAAAGAGACUGGACGGUUCGGUCGAUUUCUAUCGAGGCUGGGAUGACUACAAACGAGGCUUUGGAAAUCUGAAUGGUGAAUUUUGGCUCGGACUGGACAAAAUUCAUCGCCUGACAAAAGAGCGAAGCAGGCUUCAUGUGGAUCUUGAAGAGACGACUGGAAAAACAGCUUAUGCUGAAUACGACUUUUUUGGUGUUGCAAGUGAGAGAAGCAAAUACAAGUUGAGUCUUGGAACAUAUUCGGGUAAUAUAUAAAGCCUAGAGCCAUACAAACAUAUAAGCGCAAUUAAAAUUUUAUUCCUAAAAUUAUAAUAAUAAUAAUAAUAAUAAUAAUAAUUAUUAUUAUUAUUAUUAUUAUUAAUAAUAAUAAUAUUAUUAUUAUUAUUAUUAUUAUUAUUAUUAUUAUAGAUUUAAACUACCUCUACUAUAUAGCGGUCGAGAGGUCUACCAAAAAUUAUGGCCUGAAAAAGAACAGCUUUGGAUUUGACCCAUUCAGAAAAUUCAUGAUAGCGAAACCACAGAAGGGAAAUAUAAGUAGAGAAGAAAUUUCGUAAUUUGUGACAAAAUGACAUUAUUCCCUUGAAUCACACAUUUAAUUUCUCUUCGCCUGUUCUUUCACUUCUUGAACUUUGCAGGUUAUUGUUUAGACUUACUUCUAUGGGAAAAGUUCGAUUAUUAAGAUAAUUAGGAUAAUUAAGCUUAAAUUAUUUUGAAGUAAAACCUGGUCAAUAGUAGAACUGGAAACGUUGAUUUCCUGGCCAGCAAGUUACAUGAUUCUUCGGCAUGGUUCGAUAGAACUCUCUUUCCUCUGCGCAAGUGGAUUAGUUGUCAAAUAUGAAAGUUGUCUGUGAGCGUCAAUGAAGACGUCAAAAGUGCUACAACGGGACACUUUGUUCCCUGACACGGGACUGGCCACUGGCAACUGACAUGUGAAUGUGUUCAGUAUGAUAGACUCCAAUUUUGAGUUUUACUGGAAAAUAAUGUGAACAGGCUAACCAGUUUCCAGGUUGUCGCAAGUUUGCCAACAGCCCUACCAACCUCGCCCCUCCCCUACAUAAAAACCUCCUGUAGCUGCAGAUCUUAAAGAUCAGACACGCUUAUGAGUGUUGAAUUCCGAAUUAUUUUUUUCUUCUUUUGUUUCUUUUAUUUCCCUUAAAAAAGUAUAAUUUUACCAGAUAACUAAGCUAAGUCGAACAACCUACAACCUGCGAAUUACUCUCUCCGGAUGUGACAACCGGCAGUAACAAUGAGAGAGUUGUAAUUCCCUUUGUCUUGCUUCACUAAAUAUUAAUGUAGCACGAAUCUUCUCAUCUAGGAACCGCGGGUGACUCGCUUUCAUAUCAUCGUGGAAUGGCGUUCUCCACCAAAGAUCGCGACAACGACCUUGGUUCAGACAGCUGUGCCAUACGCUGUAAGGGAGCUUGGUGGUAUCAGUCCUGUGUUGAUUCAAAUUUAAACGGCCUCUAUCAUCACGGGACACACUCUACGUCAUGGGAGGGUGUCAACUGGUAUAAAUGGAAGGGCAACAGCUACUCUGCUAAGCGAGCUGAAAUGAAAAUCAAACCAGUUAACACUUAG